AUGAUCAUAUUGCGCGAGUACACGAAAGACGAAAGUCGUACGAGUGUAUCGAAGACUUGAUUAAUUGUUUUUAAAUGAUUUAAAGAAAUAGUGGUGUUGUGUUUUAAAAAAUACUGAUAUUUAUAUCGAAAAGGAAAAAGGAAAGAAAUUUGUUAUAUUCAUUAUAGCAGAAAUAGGCGGAGAUUAUAAAAUUAGAGGUUAUGUGUAAUCAUAAUCUUGAUGUAAAAGAAAAAAAAAACAUCUUUUGAUAAAUAAUAUCCUUCGUAAAAAGAAAGACUUGCAUAUUUUCUGUUAGUAAAUUCGCAGAGGAGACAUGGACCCUGAUUUUGAGGAACUUUCACAUGACACAAAUAUAAUCGCUAGGCUACAGCAGUUCAGCGAAGCAGCCUUCAAAGUUCAGGAUGUAGUGGAAUCAGUAGUUAGCGAUCCUUCACUAUAUGAAAAACUGUCCAACGUCAAUAAGAUUAAACAUAACUUGAUGUUAUCUUAUAGUCUUAAUAGUCUAUUUUGGAUGUACUUGCGAGCUAAAGGAAUUGAUCCGUCGAAGCAUCGAAUUAAAUCGGAGAAUGAAAGACUAAAGAAAGCAAUGGCUCGAGCGAAGCAAAUCCAUGACAGAAACACACUUAUGCCACGCAUCAACAAGAAUGUUGCCAAUAGACUUGUGAAAAACAGUUUAUGGGAAUUAAAGAAAAAAAAAUCUGAAAGCACAGAGAAGAAAAUUGAAAGUUCUGAAGAUUCGUUACCUACAUAAAUGUAAAUUUUGUUACAUUUUUAUACAUUAUAUAUUUGUGGAAUAUGAAGUGUAAACAUUAUCUCUCAAUGUGCCAUUUUAUAUGAAGCUUGAGAAACGUUGUCUUUAUAAUUAAAUUCUUAUUCAUUUUGUCAUUAUAA